AUGCGCGUGUCAAGCAUUCUCCUCGCCAGUGCCACGGCAGCUGCCGCUGCGCCUAAUGCAACAAGCUUCUACUCAACAUGGAUGGCGGAUUCGUUCCUGUCCAAGAAGCACCCAAUCGACAACCACUAUGUCUCCAAUGUCAUCAACGAGGGCAUAAGGCAAGCAGCUCUUGCACACAACAAUAAAACUCUGCUUUCCUGGGCAUCGAAUGCGAUUUCGUCCGUUGUCGAUGCUAAUGGAACCAUCAAGAACUGGGACCCGUACUAUUACUCUUUGGACGAUCAACGUCUUGGUGUCAACCUCCUCUACUUCUGGGACGCCGAAGGUCGCAAGGAGGAGAAGUACGAGACUGCAGCACACUCGUUGAAGGCUCAGCUCGACCGCUUUCCGCGAAAUGCUGAAGGAGGCUUCUGGCAUCGAUCUCCCACGUAUCCCAACCAGAUGUGGCUCGAUGGCAUCUUCAUGGCCGACCAAUUCUACGCGCAGUACACUGCGUACUUCGAGCCGGACAAUACCACGGCAUGGAACGACAUCGUCUUGCAAUUCGACUUGAUCGAGAAGCACACCAGGAAUAAGACUUCCAACUUGCUGGCUCAUGGAUACGACUCAAGCAAGGUGGCGGUUUGGGCGGAUCCCGUGACCGGCUCGGCACCACACGUGUGGGACCGUGCUGUGGGCUGGUACUUCAUGGUGCUUGUCGAGGUUCUGCAGAUCUAUCCUAAGGAACUGCCCGGAUACAACCGCCUUCUGGGCUACUUCACGAGCCUUGCGGUAGGCCUGAAGGCGGCACAGGACGAGAGCGGCGGUUGGUGGCUCGUCAUGGAUGAGCCGUACCCCGGUGCGAAGGGCAACUACAUUGAGUCCAGUGGCACGGCCAUGUUCACGUAUGGUUUCUUGAAGGGUGUUCGCACCGGGUUGUUGGACAAGCAAUACAAGGACCCGGCGGUUAAGGCGUACGAUCUUAUGCUAGAGAAAUUCAUCAAGUAUGAGAAGAAUGGUACGCUAAGCUGGGAGGGAACAGUGACGGUUGGAAGUCUGAACUCGAAUGGAAGCUACGAGUAUUAUAUUGGUGUGCCGCUGGCGGAGAAUGACGGCAAGGGUGCUGGGACGUUCAUGAUGGCCGCGGCGGAGUACGAUCUGUUGUAG